CGACAAAUGUAGGCCCAUUACCACUUUUGUUGUACUUCUUUGCCUUGUACAUUCGCUGCGGCACGAUCGAGAAGAGCAUCAACAAAAAAUGGCCAGCCGAAAAGCUCUGAUUAACGUCCACCGGAUCAUCCGCUCCACUGCGGUGGUUAGACGGAGCUCCGUCACCCCUUCCGCUGCACCUCCUAUUUUCCAAAAUGGAGUUGAUUUGGGGGCAAGAUUCUUCAGCGGGAACACCUCGAGUCCACAAAACAUUGAUAUUGAUCUCUCCAGCGAAGAGAAGAAGAGGAUAACCAUCAACAGAUUGUUGUAUAGGAGCAAGCAACGAGGGUUUCUGGAGCUUGAUCUGGUUUUGGGUAACUGGGUUGAGGAGAAUGUCAAUUCCAUGGAUGAAACCGCUGUCAAAUCCCUCAUUCAUGUCCUUGAUUUGGAAAACCCUGAUCUCUGGAAAUGGCUAACUUCUCAGGAACAGCCUCCCGAGAUAGUGAGCUCAAAUCCGGUAUUUCUGGCGUUGCACAAGAAAGUCAUGACGAAUCUGAACAAACAUGCAGCCCCAGAGACGCGUGCAGCAGCUGGACAACCCUGGGUCAAAGGCUGGGAUGAUUUCAAGAGAGGCCGUGACGCUCCCAUCUCCGGGAACCAGUAAAAUCUAAAAAAAAACACACUCUCUCUUCCUUGCAAAAGUAACAAACUGCAAAAAACACGUUUAUAAAAGUUAUCUUAUAAAUAUAAUAAAGUGCCAGGCCGUGAAGAAGGCCGGGGGUAUAAAUGUGUCUCUGUAGUGAGUGACACGAUGAGAUAGAUAAUUGGAAGUUCUUGAUAUGUUAUCAAGGGAUAUUGUAUUUUUUUUUGAAAUUGCGGUGUUCUCUCUUCAGCUUAUGCUGACGAAGAGUUUUGGACA